GUCCGACCUCCUGUAAGUGUUCUGUGUACUUUGCCAAUAUGUUAGUAAAAUCAUGGCGAAGCUCAUAACGAUUCGGCUGCAGUAUGGGCACUUACGUUCAGCUUAAGCAGGAGGACUACUCUGAGGAGGAUAGUGAUGUAGGGAUGAUGUCCACUGUAAUUUCGUCGGGCAAGGCUUCCUCGCUAUCGGUCGAGGAAGUUUUAAAACAAUUUCGGAGUGAUCCGUUACUUGGUUUGAACAACGAUGAAGUUGAGAGAAGGAGAAAGCUUCACGGGUUAAAUGAAUUCGAUGCGGUUGAGGAUACCCCGCUUUGGAGGAAGUACAUAGACCAGGUAUGGAGUUUGCUCUACAUGUUAGACAGAUGAUUUACUAACCAUGUCGCCACUACAGAAAUAUUUACCCAAAAAACCUUGAAAUGAAACAGCGAAUAAAGUAGAAGUUACAAGCUAUCGGUAUAAAUUCGAGGAGAUUUCCUGUAUUUAUGGUUUAAAAUUAGCAUUUCUGUAUGUGUGGCUUUUCAAAUCGAAGUUAUGGAGAAUAAGUUGUAGAAUUUGCAAUUCAGUGUGGUGUGAAUUUUCGUGGUGACAUUAAAUUAUGUAAGCUGAACAUGCAUUUUAACCUGUUAGAAGUUAGUUUUAUUUUACAAAAGUUUACUGUUAUUUACUCGGUGAGGUUUCAUUGUUAAGUCACAUAACGAGUUUCUAUUCCCAUAUGCUGGUACUGUUUGAAUCUAGUAUAAUAAAUUUACUUGAAAGCAUUCGUGUUUGUUUAGCCAGGUUUAUGCAACUGAGCUUUCUUCUGGGUAAUAUUCAUGAUCAUGAGUGGCAGUUCUAAUAAUGUUGGAGCCUGAAGAUGAUUACAAGAACAAAUCCGCGCUAGAAAAACUUUUUUCGAAUGAUAAUUGUACCGUUUGGGCUAUUGAUAACGUGUUUACGAUUUACACGUACAAGUACGUUUGCAUACUGAUUUUAAAAAAUCUCAAUUAACGAAACUUUUCUCAAGCACGGUUCCCAAUAUAAUAACACUAGUAAUUUUCUUGCUAAUAUUCUAAACCACAGCAUGGAAAUUCUGGGAAUUAAAAUUUGCACUUCAGUUGGAAAAAGCUAUUGUCUAAAGGGCUUUCAUUUUAAAGCUAUUUGUAUGGCAUUAUGUCAAUUUUUUUAUUGUCCAAUGAACGAUUUCAUUCUGUUCAUGAUGCAUCUAAGAAAAAUAUAAAGAAACGAUAAAAUAUCUUUUUUUAUCUAUCUGAUUAUUUAAUGGAAUGAAUUCUAACCCAGCCUUUCCAUAGCUCCCAGUGUCAAUUUUAACAUGAUGUUUUAAAAAAUGCCAAAUUGGUAGAGGUGAAGCCAUGGUUACUGUAGAAAUCUUCCAAACCUGAUUGUAAAAGUUUUUCUUGAUUAGCUCUGUAGAAUGUCUCUUUCUAUUACUCAAAAAUGACUCUUCAUUCAUCAUAAUUUUACUGUUGGUAUGGAAAGCUUCUUAAGCAUUCAGCUGUAUGCUGUGUCAUCUUUGAAAUUGGAAAAAGCACACAGUCCAACUAUUAUGUUAAUUAACAUGUCAGAGUACAUGAGAAUCAGCUGUGGCUUUGUUUAUUUUUUUUUACUUGGUAUUCCUUUUUUGAGUGAUAUACAAACUGGUGAUGUGUGAAAAAAUAAUAGUUUUUAUGUAAACUCCAAAGUGCUUUACAAUAUCUUGUUGUGGUAUACUGAAAGUUAAAAGCAUCACUUACAGGUCUUUGAAUUAGAAAAUCUCUCACUCAGAGAUAAUUACAAAUUUCGAAGAAAAUAAUUAAAACUUGGUCUCUUGGUACUAGUGCUUUUUCAUAAGGAAUAACAAAAAUUUUUUGCUUAUUUUGAGGAGUGUCUUUUUUAUUCACUGGUGUGAAAAAUGGUUAGAUAUUAGCUGUUUUUGAACCUUGAGGAAGCCCAACAUUUAGCACUAGAGUUAGUUCGAUACAGGCAGAGAGAGAAUUGAAUUUCAUUAUGAAAUGAGAAUUGUUAUAUAACUAAGGAUCUUAUUGUUUUGAGAAAUAAUGGUUUGGUUAAAAGGAAAUUUUCUUUUUUUGUCACUGCCAAUCUCUAAUAUGAUCAAAUUUUUUAUUUCAGUUCAAAGAGCCCAUGAUAAUAUUGCUUCUAGCAUCAGGGCUGGUUAGUGUAAUAAUGGGACAAUAUGAUGAUGCUGUCAGUAUAACAGUGGUAAGAAAGUUUGAUUAUUAAUAUUAUGUAUUCAUAAUAGUGGUGUUUCACAUGAGCAGAACCCCCCCGCCAGAUAUCCAUUUAAAGAGGUGUUGUUGUGUGGAAGGUUAAAACUCUGUAUAUUAAGCAGACCUCAUGUUGACUGCACAGCUUGCAUUGAGCAGAUUCUGGUCCUUGUCUUACACGUUAUUUUGAGGACAAUGACACCAAGAUUAAGUGCUCUAAUUACUUACAACAUUUCUUAAGCAAAAAUUUUGGUGUACUUGUAUUAAUGUGAUGUUUUGAUAAGAUUACAAUGAUCGUUGGAAAUGUCUUCUAAAAAGCGUAUGUCUCUUAUCCCCACAAGGUCAUAAGGAAAUAUUAAUUGAUUUUGUUAUCUACAGAUAUCAUGUGUUCAAGCAUCAAGUGAAUAAUUUGUAUAUUUUUUUUAUUUGAUAUGCAUCAAACUUUUGUUAUUUCUCAGGCCAUAAUCAUAGUUGUGACAGUAGCUUUUGUCCAGGUAUGUUCAAAGCAAAAUUGUUUCAAUUUGAGAAUUAGCCAGUGUAGCUGGUAGUUUUGAAUGCACAAAAGGGAUGAGGCCAAGCUGAGAGAGGCUAGGGGUGAAAGAUUAUUUUCUUUCCACUUCAAGCUUCAGCAUUCAUUGAUUUGUGCAACAAAACAGUUAAGCACACAAAAGGGGGGAUAGGGGUGGGACAGGGUAGGAGAGGGGUGGGAAGGGAGAAGGAGAGAGAAACUCUGAAAAGAACCAGCAUCCCAAAAACAGGGGAGUAGCAUUUCUCAUAGUUGCCUCAUACAGCUGAAACUAUGGGACGUCAUGGUAAACUGUACUAUGAUUCUUGUGGGCUGACCUUACUUUUAACUUUGCUUUGUUUACCUCACCCAGUUAUCCUUUCUCCAGUCAAAUCAUGUCAGUCAUGUUAAGCUAUUGGGAUGACUGUGUACUUUGAAUGAAUUAAGAAAGUUAGACAAUCAGGUUACUAAUGCUACAUGUAAGAAGGAGUAUUAAGAUACAAGUAUUAUUUGAUAAUUGAAGUUAACACGAUUGCCUUCCUGUUUCAGGAAUACAGGUCUGAUAAGUCAGUGGAAGCUAUCAAGAAACUGGUUCCUCCAGGGUGUCACUGGUAAAAAAUGUAUUUUUUUUGUCUCAAAUAUUGACGGAUGUAACCAUGAAAUACGUUAUUAAUACAUAACCUGUUAAUAAUGUUUAGGGAUGUUAGGAGGUCAUCUGCAGAGAAAGUAGGGGUUUUUUUUGUCAUCUAGAAAAGAGAAUUCCAUAAUUUUUCCCUAUAGAGCUUUAUAGCUCACAUGUACCGUAAUUGGUUUAAGCUCUGUGUGGGUUAGAACCUUUUUAACAGUUGUUAAAACUGCAAUGAACAUCACCUAUGAAGAUCAUCCCAUUAGUGUUUGAUUUUCUGUAGAAAAUAAAAUUAUCAUGCAUCAUUCAUUUGGUAUACAUUAAUUCUAUAUAACUUACUUUUCAAUCAAUUUUCUUUAUUCUUUUUAACACAGCAUCAGGGAAGGAAAAGUAGCAGACUUUCUAGCUCGAAGUUUGGUCCCAGGGGAUCUAGUUACCAUAUCAGUAGGAGAUAGAGUUCCAGCAGAUUUAAGGCUUGUAGAGGUAUGUUGCCUUUGUUAUAAAGAGGUUAUUCAUGACAUUAAUUAAAGAUGCUGUUUAGCAUUUGUUGAACUUCAGCCAUUUAUACAGUUAACUCAGUCUUUAACUCCCAUGAGUGGCCAAGACAGAUUUUUUUUCCUUGCAAUAUCAAGUGGAACAGUCAGGAGAAUGAAGGAAAAUAUCAAUGAAGGGAUUUUAUCAGCUGAUCCAAAAGCAAAUUCUCCAAACUCACUUUUUAGCAUAGUAGUUUAACCCAGCCUUUAACUCCCAAGAUGUGAUUAAUUCUCUCCUCAAGCUGCAACACAUACACAUUUCCUUGUAAGUUACUUACUAGACUUUGGUGUUAGAUCAAGAGAAAAAUUUUUAACAAAUAAGUUUGAGUAUUGUCAUGAACUGUUUGCCAGAUAAGGUAUGGACAGUGUAGGGAGAAGUUACGUGUUAAUCAUCUCUGGGAAGUAAAGGGUUACUGGUGAAGGGAAAUAUUUUAAUUUAAUGCUUUUGAGCUAGACAUUUUUUGCUGUUUUACCAGAGUGCCAAUUUAAGUUUUGCACAAAAUGUGGAUAAGAUAAGGGGUCAUUUUUCUCAUUUGCUGAACUUGCUGUAAAUAGCAUUCUUUAAAUCAUCAGUUAAAUCAUCAGUACUGGAUUAAUUAUCACAAUAAAAAAUUAGGUAUCUGUGAUAUGUUAUUUAAAAAUAGCCAAUAUUAUUGACAAUCACAUAACUGUUCACAGUGGUAAAAGAGUCCAACUGGUUUUCAGUGUUUAAAGAAGCAUGAUGCAUUUAAGCAUUAAUGACAUUGAUUUUUGUACUUUUAUUUUCAGGCUAUAGAUUUAAAAAUAGAUGAAUCAAGUUUUACUGGGGAAACUGAACCAGCAUGUAAAACAUCUGAGGAAGUUCCCCCUUCCAAAUCCAGUGGAGGUGUCUCUGAAAGAAGAAAUAUUGCUUUUAUGGGUACUCUAGUUCGCUGUGGACGGGGCAAGGUGUGUAUUUAGUUGCAAUUGAACAUUGCUGGCUCUAUUUUCUUGAGACUGCAAAAUAAACUCACAGGAAAUCAACCUGGAAAUAAACAGUUGUUUGGCCGAUCAAAAUGAAAAGUAGGAGUUUUUUACUUUGAGGAGACGCACUUUAUUCUAAUCAUGAACAGUGCCUUUUGUCGCGAUGUAUUGGAUAAUUUUUGAUAUCUAGUUAUCAUUUGCUGACCAGAGGCAAUCAUCUAUUCUUUUCCCCUUAGGGCAUUGUCACGGGGACUGGAGAAAAUUCAGAGUUUGGUGAAGUGUUUAAAAUGAUGAAAGCAGAGGAGGUUAGUAACAAAAAUAGAGUCAAAAAGAGUUGAUGAAAUAUUGGUAAAUUAAGAUUCAUUGUGUUGUGUCUUAAUCUUUUUCACAGUUUAAAGAUGCUAGGUGUAUACUGUAAAGAAAUUAAAGUGGGUAAUUCACUUUAAUUUUCUUCUUUUCAGCCACCAAAGACCCCUCUUCAAAAAAGCAUGGAUAUCUUAGGGAAACAGUUAUCUUUUUACUCUAUUUGUAUCAUAGGUGAGUGUGUUCCUCUUGAGUUCUUCAUGAUUAUGCUUAAAGAUUAAAAAUGUUUACCUUUAGCAAUGUAUUUUGAACUGUUUCGGUCAGAUUCUCACUUAAGCAUCAAAGCUCAAGACCUAUCUUUUUAGUCGAGCUUCCAAUUAUUAUUUCCUGGUUAAUCUAGUACAUAUUGUAAAGUGCUCCGAACUCUAGAGUGAGCGCUAUAGAAAUCCUAUAUAUUGUUAUUAUAUUAUUAUUUGCAGUUUCAUAUACCAACUAAUGUGUUUUUGUCUUGUUUCCAAAGCUCUUAUUAUUCUUUUGGGGUGGCUGCAACACAGAGCCAUUUUAGAGAUGUUUACUAUUGGUGUCAGGUCAGUUCUGAUUGCUUUUGUUGGUGCAAAAAUUUAUUGGAAAAACAUUUCUCUUUCCGUUCAAGAUUGGCAAAGUUUUGUGCAUUAUAUGGUAUAGACUUCCAUCCCAUCUACUCUUUACACAUUUUGUAUAAAAAUUGGUGGCUGCUUGAUCAGUCAGCAUGAUUUACUUGAAAUUAUUACUUCUGAUCAACAAAAAGUUUUGAGGUUCCCUGAUAGAUAUUAAUCAUCUAUUUUAACAAACCUGAGAUCAGCUCUUUUGAACCCACUGAGAAAGCUUUCAAAAAAUCUUGCCGAUCUCCUUCCCUUGUGAUACUUGCUUUGUCAUUUUCCCAUCAAAUUUCUUGCUGUCAACCAUUUUCUCCUGAAGUUUGUUUCCUACACAAUCAUGCACUUCUUGUUCAAAAUGAAAUAUCUAGUAAUCGAAUUUAAACUUAAAGUUGAUAAUAAAUAAGUGCUUUGCCUACUUGAUGACAGAAAUAAUUAUAAACCCUCAUUUAAAAUAAAACAAGCUGAUAGUGAUAAUGAUAAUUAUUCUUGAUUACAUUAUUUCAAUUUUUUCUUUUUACCACAGCUUGGCUGUAGCUGCCAUCCCAGAAGGUCUCCCCAUUGUAGUAACUGUUACUCUUGCUCUUGGUGUGAUGAGAAUGGCAAGAAGAAAUGCCAUUGUAAAAAAGCUACCAAUUGUGGAGACUCUUGGAUGUGCUAGUGUUAUUUGCUCUGACAAGACCGGUACUCUGACCAAGAAUGAGAUGACAGUAACACAGAUAUUUACUGCCGAUGGACACUAUGCAGAGGUUAGCUUGGUUACAUUAAGGGGCAUUUAGAUGAGACAAAUGCAUUUUAGAGGAAAUAGUGUUGGCUAUAUACAUUAAAUAAGGAAAUGUGUAAAAUACUCCCUUGAAAUAAAACUUGUUUCUGCUGAUUUACCUUAAACUGUCAAAAAUUUCAUUGGGAAGUGUCCCUGGUCAAGAAUGGGCAUGUUUUAAAGUCUUGCACAGCUUCAUUAUAAUAAAAUUUUUGAGAAGGAUUACUAAGUUGAUGGAAAUUUACCCACUUGAGAUGAAAUUUAUUCUUUUCAGGUAUUUGCAGACUCACAUUUACAAAUACUCCUCAGUUGCUUUGAUUUCCCAGUUAGUUAGAUAUCAUAAUGAUUGUACUGUUGCAGUAUUACAGAAAAGUUUUCCAUUUAAACCUCCUUUCAUCCUAAUCUUUCUUCAACUUUAAUUUCAUUACUACUUUGUUGUUAAUGUUACUGGAAUGAUCUUCGAGCUCCUUCUAUACUUCUGUGAAAUUAUGGUGGGACAAAGUACGGAUCUUUGCACUUCCCUAGAGAGAUCACUAGGAGAUUUUGCAUAAAAUCUUUAUUUGUCUUCUCUACAGGUGUCUGGAGUAGGAUACAAUGGGUGUGGUCAUGUAAGCAUUUCAGGCCAUAAUCUGACACCAAACACCAACUUAUCCGUUACAAAAGUAGUCGAGGUAAGAACUGAUUAGUCACUGUAACCUGUUCCAGGCUCUCAGCUAGGGGAGAUGGGUGAAAAAUGGAUGUUCAAGCAAUAGUUUUCAAUAGAUGGCUGGGAACACUGAGAAAAAUGUUACAUUAUAAUUAACUUGAUUAAAGCAAACAACCUGUAUUAAGUACACAUAGUGGAAGGUGAUAUUGCCCCCUUACAUAGUCGCCCCAAGGUCCAUCGCCCCAAAGAAUUGUUAAAUUUAGAACCUUAUUCAAAUUUGGUUAAUAGUUGGGGGAAAUGCUACCAUACUUAAGGUGGGCGGAUUGUCACUUGGGGGUGACAGAACUUGAGGCAAACUUGGCAAGGAGGCAAGGUCACCUGUUAUUGUGCACUCUAGAAAGUUUUCCAAGGAUGACAUCUUUGUUCAUGUUUUGUUGUCAGUAGUGCUGAGCUUGUCUGUUUUUCCAAGGUUGGUUAUAUUUGUAACAAUGCUCAAAUUCAAGAUGGAUCCCUUUUUGGCCAGCCAACAGAGGGAGCCCUCAUAGCAGUAGGGCAAAAGGUAUUUCUGACAAUUUUAUUUUAAUUAAAGCUUGACAUGUUGCAGCAUUUGCUACACAAAACGGUGUUGUCCCAUAUUGAGAUAACAUGAAGCUUUUUCAGUAUGUGUUCAAAUUCAGUGAUGUGCAUAUCUUGUUUUCUGAACAGCUUGGUAUUGAUGACCCAAGAGGAAUGAACUUACGCACGGCCGAAAUUCCCUUUAGCUCAGAGAAAAAGUGGAUGGCCGUCAGAUACAGACAAAAGGUAAGUAGAAGAGAAAAGGUCUGACAACAAAUUGUCAUAAUAUUUUGACAUGACUUAAUGACCAACAGGUUGAUAAUGUCCAAAAGACUCUACCCAAUAAUUGCAAAUCCCUUGCAGGACAAUUCAGAAACGUAUUACAUGAAAGGAGCACCUGAGAGAGUGUUGCAGCAAUGCACAUCAUACCAUGGACAAGGUUCUGUUGUUCCUCUGACAACGAGAGAUCUGGAGAUGUUUAAUGACGCCGUGUCUGCUAUGUCAUCCAGAGGAUUAAGAGGUAUCCAUCGCGUUUCCUAGUUUUGAUUUUAAUCCUUGUUCUAUCGUACAUUUUAACUGCUAAAACUGUUGCAGAAAAGAAUUCCUUACUGUGUUCCCAGCUCUACAGAGAUCCAGCUUCUGAUUGGCUCAUAGAGCUACUUUAAAAAUAGCGCAUCAUGGAAGUUUCAGCCUAAAAAUUUUCAACUUUAUAAUUUGCGAUCUGUGUUCAUUUUCUCCAUCCUUAACCAUACUUGUUCCUUCUUUGUUUGUCAUUGCCUUGCCAGUGUUUUUCUAUUUUACCGAACUAAUUUUUUGUUUUUAUUUACAAUCCAAGUCGAUCUUCUUCAUUCUAAGCCAUCCUUGUUCCUUCUUGCUUUAGAGCAGUUUUCAAUUGAGUAUUGAAAGUGAUCCCGGCUUACUUUAGUUUUGCUUUGCUUUGCUCUGUGAUUGAUCUAGAAAACUCGCGCCACCACCUCAACCAAUUGGAUGCAAAAUUAAAACCUCUCACCUCGGUCACCCGCGUUUUCCCGCGCUUCAGCAGGUUGCCUGUUUUUACUUGUAGUUCUCAUAUUUGGUCAAUGAUGAUGCUAACCUUUGUUCUGAUCGGUUAUUACUUUGGUUUUGGUUUUUAACACUCACUUGCAAACUGCUCCACUAUCAGGUCUUUUGUGUCUUUCUUUCCUAGUAAACUAAUAUUUUCUAGUCAUUUACAAUCCGAAGUAAUUUUCUCCGUCCAUAUCCAUACUUGUUACCUUCCAACCAUUUCAUUCUUGCUUCGUAACUGUUUUCCCUUGGAAUCAAUCUUUGAAAAAGUUCCUUUCCAAAUAACUAAAAUUCUCCAUCACUGGGAAACUUUUUUAAAUAUGUGUGUCCACCAAAUGCUUCGACUUUGCUCCAACUUUUGGGUCAACUUUUUAUUUUAACUUUAAAAUUUCCUAGAAUGAGACUAGCUGCUGCCUUAGUUUUGUUUAUUGAUUUAUCUAUAUGUUUAUUUUCAGUCAUAGCCCUGGCCAUGGGAACUGAUCUACAACAGCUGUCAUUCCUGGGUAUCAUGGGUCUGUUGGACCCUCCCAGACCAGGAGUCCGUGAAGCGGUACAUACGCUGUUAGAGAGUGGAGUACAGGUCAAAAUGCUGACAGGAGAUGCGCGGGAAACUGCACUUACUAUAGGUAACUUUAUGUACAGCAAUAUUCAGUUGAGUCUCCACCUGGCUCUGUUGUUGGUUCAGAAAGUUCGCGCCACAUCGUUAACCAAUCAAGUGCAAAUGCAGUUGAAACUUGUCACUUGUAUUUUCCCGCUCUUGGCGCAUUGUGUCUUUUUUAGUUCUCAUUGGCUCCUUGUGAUAAUCUCGUUUGCGUUGCCGUUGUAUUUACUAGGGCUUUGUUUUUCUUUUUUAUUUUCACUCGAAAUGCGAUCUCGAUAAAAACACGUUUCAAUAAUUUCCUUGAGAUACCUGAUGCUGUUAUCAGGUAGCCUCAGCAGGGGGGAAGCUCUUCACCAGCGUUUCUUUUCCCGCGGGAAAGUAUGGGGCCUUAAGCAACGCGAGCCGGUGAGGAGUGUGUAAGGGGUCCACUGGUGCUAGACCCCCGGCAAACGUUCACCGCCUCUUCUUCAAUCUUCCUGCGGACGGAGAAACGUGCGUCUGUAGUGCUAACAAUGAUGGCAGGCUAAUGAACAAGCGAUUGUUGCGGCGUGCUUCUUCUUCAACACUUUGACAUGCAGGAGUGACCGAUAUGGAACUUCUCUUUGCUAUUGCUUGCUUGUUAUACUUUAAACGGGUUAAGAGAAUAGACAAGACAAGCUUAUCAGCUGAAGUGUGUACUCGUGCUAUUACACCAAACUCUCCUAGCUAAUUUACAAGGAAAUUUGAGGCAGUCAGAGGGAAGAAGGUCACUGAAUCCUGAGAAUGAAAAGGUUAACAUUUUUUUUUUCCCUUUCACGUUACUUUCAGCGGAAUUAUUAGGAAUUCAUGUCAAAGGAAGGUUAACGCUUUCGGGUGAGGAGCUAGAAACGAUGGAUAGUUUACAAUUGGGAGACGCCAUACAACAGGUAAAGUCAAGUGGUUAUACAUGUCCUGCUGUUUGGUUCUAUCAGUCUCGUUUCACUAACCAAGUAUAUCCUUAGGUCUUCGUGGAACCUUAGUGCGAGUUUUUGAUUCUGUUAUAUUGAUUCCCCUCAACAGGCAUCCGUGUUUUACAGAGUCAGUCCCAGACAUAAAGUUGCCAUUGUUAAGGUAAGUUAUAUAAUGAUUUGUAGAUUCUUUGAUCCUUCAACCCGCGUCCCCGUAAGUCGUGGUGAUUUCUGCAUCAUUAAGAAUGCCUCAUGUACGCGCGACAUUUAGUGGCAGUUGGGAAAAAAUUGUAGAUCUGUGAAAUCAGUGGCGACACGUAAAAUGCCUGGUUCUCACUGGACAAGACUACGGGCGCUCAGGCUUAAGAGAAAUUUUCAAUUGCGUGUCGAAAGUAAACCAUUUUUUACCGUGGUUUGACUCUGCUACGUUGUGAUUGGCUUAGAAAACUAGCACCACCCUCUCAAGUAAUCAGUGACAAUUAACUUAUACUUACAUGGAGUUCCCUUUGACCCUUUGUGACGCUUGCAUUUUGUCCGAUUUGUCCUUGCGAUUACUUUCGUUUCGGCUUUGUGGCUCUUAGUUGAUAAGCGCCUAAUUCUAGUGUAGUCCUUCUUGUAACAAAUUACCCAUGUUUCCUCGUAGGCCCUACAGCAGCGCGAUCGUGUGGUGGCUAUGACUGGUGACGGCGUAAAUGACGCAGUAGCUCUGCGCCGAGCUGACAUUGGAGUAGCCAUGGGCCGAGCAGGGACUGACGUGAGCAAAGAAGCGUCAGACAUGGUGUUAGUGAAUGAUGAUUUCUCUACCAUCCUGGCUGCUAUUGAGGAAGGGAAAGGAAUAUUUUACAACAUACGCAACUUUGUCCGCUUCCAGCUAAGCACGUAAGUACGAUUUACAUCUCGAAUGCGUUCUGGCCGGAAAGAGAAACCCGAAUUUCUUUACGUGCAGCACAAUCAACUUGUGCGCGGUACAGAUAUCAGUGACUUUGUGUGCCGUUACAGAUCAUGUGACUCGAGGGAUGCUUUUCUUUGAAGUUAUUCUUAUUCUUCCCUGUGUGCACCUUUUAUUUCAUACUUAUAAAAGUAUCAAAGUACUGAGUUUUUUCACAUUAUUUGAAAUAGGCAAUUAAUAUACGGCACGAAGUCCUAUCAGGAACUGCCUUCUAAGGUUUGCCUCAAAUUCGGUAAGCUCGCUCCCAGAGUCUCUCUUGUUCCCGCUCAUUGACCCUGGAAACAGAGUUGCAUAUCUGAGUGAAUCUUCCUCGGCUUGAGGAAAAAAAAAAAGGUUGAAGAACACGUCCGUACAACUGCAUUCAGUUGAAAUCAUCUCAAUGUUAUAAAAUUUUUUCCCAUGUGUAGGAGCAUUGCAGCGAUCUCGUUGAUAACAAUAUCGACGUUUCUCAAGUUACCUAAUCCUCUAAAUGCCAUGCAGAUUUUAUGGAUUAACAUCAUAAUGGAUGGUCCACCCGCUCAGAGGUGAGGAAUCUGAAUUUCUCCGUUGCUGUACUCUGACUGCAACUUAGCGCCGUACUCAAUCUUUGAGCACGAUUUGUAAUAUACCUAAAUGCAGGUGUUUCAAUAGAAGUCGGUUAUUGGCGGGUUACCGCCGCCUCUAAGUACCGCUGUCCUUUGCGAGCAGGCUUUCAUAUUUGGGUCUCGCCUUACGGUCUCUUUUCUGGCCUCGUGCCGCCUAUUACACUAUCGCAGCCGCGAUUGGAAAAAGUUAUUGAAACCCCUUUCAAUGGAGAGCAAAUUACCUUGCUAAAAUCUUCCGCUCGUCUUCGUGCUAACAAGGUCUUAUUCCGUUGUUUGUAGUCUUGGCGUGGAGCCGGUUGAUCGUGACGUCAUGAAUAAGCCCCCACGGAAUGUCAAGAACCCAAUGAUUACCAAGACUUUGAUAACGAACGUUCUCCUCUCUGCGAGCCUGAUAGUGACUGGUACAUUGUGGGUAUUUUGGAGAGAGGUACGGUCUUAACCCUUGAGUUCCCAUUUGCUGAUUACCAUGGAACAUCCCCUCGAAAUUUGAACAAGCUAUCUCGAUGAAUCUUGAUAAAGUACCAAAUUCUUUUGACUAGUUCGCAAAGAAAUGUAUAUUAGUUUCAAGGGAGAAUUAGUAUUCAGAUCCUGGGAGUUAAAAGAUAAGGUGCUGUCCGUUAGGUGUAAAAUGUACUGAUGUUUUGCACAAGUUAGUUUAAGUCGUCACUUGCGGGAAAAGCUCUAAAACUCUCAAGAACGUUGCUAGUAAGAACUAGGAAAAAUCAAUGUUAUUUUCCCUGAAAUUCAGCUUCAGUGAAAGCAAAACUUAAAACUCUGAACCUCUCCAGAAUGUGAAUUUUUGUGACUUGAAAAUGGAAUAAGUAAGCUCCGAGAUCUGUUCCACCAAAUUCUUUUGGUGUAUCGGUGGCCUUACGAAAACAUCUGGUUUAAUUUGGUAGAAAAAGCGGCCGUUGUAGAAUGGUUUUGAUGCCACUUUUCUGCGCUUGAGAAUAUCGCCUUCCAGUAGAGAGAACUGGCUGUUUCUGCUUUUGGACACUGUUGAUUCUAGUUCAAAUCUAUCUGUUCUGUUGUAGAUGAGAGAUAACGUCAUCACUCCACGUGAUACCACCAUGACAUUCACGUGCUUUGUGUUCUUUGACAUGUUCAACGCGCUCAGCUGUCGUUCACAGGUUAGUACUUCGUUUGCCAUUAAUGUUCUUGCCAAUUAUUAAUAGUUUCAUGCUCAAAUUCAACAUAUAAGCUAAGCCUGUAAAAGCUUCCCUGGCGGCAGAUUAGGGUUAUCGGAUUUUACUCCAUAUUCCAAAUAUUCAGACUUUCCUGGGUCUAAUCCCGCACACCGUGCUUUCCGGAAGUAGAUCAAGUAAAUCGACCAUUGAUGAACCGUUUUAGGAGGGCCUGGCAGAUUUCGCACUCAAACGAACAACUUCUGAAAUGGGCGGAAGUUUUAGGGGGCCAAAUGUUGCAGAAGGUGGCUCAAACAAUAGCAAUUUUUUUUUUUGGGGGGGGGACUUUUUUUUUUUGGCAAGCUGUGCAGUGAGACAUCUUCAGUCUUUUUUUUUUUUUUUUUUUUUUCUUUCUUUUCUUUUCUUUCUUUCUUUCUUUCUUUCUUUCUUUCUUUUUUCUUUUUUCUUUUUUUUUUUUUUUUUUUUUUUUUCGAGAUUUUAUGGUGUACACAACCUUCUGGUUUAAUCCUAACACUGGUCUGACCACUUUCUUCCAUUGAUUGACAGGUGAAGUCUAUUUUUCAAAUUGGUUUCUUCACAAACCGUAUGUUCCUGUACGCUGUAGGCGGAUCUCUUAUGGGACAGAUGUUAGUUAUUUACUUUCCUCCUCUUCAAGCAGUGUUUCUCACCGAAGCUCUACAUUGUAUGGACAUUUUCUUGUUACUAUGUGUAGCCUCCUCUGUUUUUCUUGUGGACGAGAUCAGGAAAAUGGUAUUAAGAACGCUUGCAAGACGCAAAGAGUCUCCUAGGGAUUUCCAGUUUUUUGUUUGACAAGUGGAACGUUAUCUCAAGGAAUGGAGCAAAACGUUGGUGUUGAUUGAACGGGUUAAACAUUCACAGUUCAAACCAAUGCGUAGCAGAUGGAAAGGAGCCUCGAUUUCGUUAAUUAUUUGAGCCCGUGGUGGUUCGUCUAUGGUCAGUGAGGUUGUGGUACAACAUAUAUGGGCUUCCAAUCCUUGUUCUGUUGAAUGGUUGUUGAUCAAGCCAUACGAAAUAGGAAUCUUAGUUAAUGGCUGCAAAUGUCCACGGCUAUAGUUAACCAUUGAAAAUCUUCCGUGGAAUGAUAGAAAUUUUGUGUUAACUUUUGGUAUCCGUACAUCAAACUACUACAUGAACAGCUACUUAAAGGUUUAUUGAAUAGUAUUCUUAUCUUCGACUGUUUCUUGUCUCAAUUCAGACCACUUGACUGCACUAUAGUCUUCCAUUGGCUCCUUUGCCUUUCUCAAAAUAGUUACAUACAGAUGAGUAUAAAUCAUUUUAAGAUGGAGAAAUGAAAAUUCAAGCAAGAUCACAUGGUCGAGCUUGUCCCAGGUUUCCUAGCUUUUCUCAAUGAAGAAGUCAGUAGAAAAGAGCAAAUUUGUAUGCUCACAAAAAAAAAAUAAAAAAAAGACGAUGCUCAGGAAAAGAAAUAGCCGUAUCCCUGAAAACCACCGUGUGACCGUGCACUGGCCCUUUGUUGGUCUCCGUUGACUCCGAGCCAGGUACACCACGCGUGGUCUGAAUUGGGCUUACAAAACGGUUUUCUUAUCUGAGGUCUUCUCGACUAAGUAAGUUAAUAGUCUCCAAAUGCGAGAUCGUUGGCAAGCCAACGCGUCCCCUUUGCAUAUUACCAUUUCUGUAGUGGUAAAAGACAAUUGAUAGUGAAUUAUCUGCAACCAGGUCGAGACGUUAUAGAUUAUAUUACGUUUAGUGAUCGAAUAGUAAAAUUAAGGUGUAAAUAUACUAAAAUGAAAUAACCUUCAGAGGGUAGAAAAAUACUGUAACAAUUUUAUUUCAUUCUAUUGCGCGUUGUCCCGCGGCGAGACUUGUAUCAACUCGUUCCUUUGAGUACAUAAAUCUACUUGAGCGCGCAUGGUAUUAUUUUGAAUCAAGAAAUAGCGAAAAUAAUAAGAAUUAAAUUUUCCUUUUUUAUACUCUAUAAAAUGAAGAAUUUAACCUCCGUUUGCACGGCCUGUUUGGUUGAAUUUUCAAAAUAGAUAUAAGAGAGAAAAAAAAAUAUUGUAAAAGUAGAGAGGUUUAUGUUACCUAAUGGUUGCGACUAUGCUCUUUGAUUAAAACGGAUUUUCUUUGGAGUUCGUGUUCUAUUAGGAAGGGUGGAGGGCUAUGACUUGUUUACACCUGAGCAAAUGAAAAAAGCACUUUGAACUUAAACGAACAGCAUUAGGAUUUCCUUCGAGUAAAGAAAUAAAAAAGAAACAAUUUUAAAUACAUUGCAAGUCCUCGUAAAGGACACCAUCGGGUCUGUAACUAAGACUAGGCACUCGCGAGAAUGGUUUUCGAUCGUGGGUGACGGAGUGUGGAGAGGAGAGAUGGCCAUUUACGGGAGGUUGCUAAUAACAAACGUACGAAAUGUAACAGAAUAGAUCGAUGAGACAGUUUGGAAUGUGACACUAUAUUUCAGCUACAUUAUAUCUACUCUUUAAUCUGCGAACUAAUAUUGGUCAAAUUAGCGGG